AUGCAGAUGGAGAAACUGUCAUCAUCACCUCAGAGCGUGAAGAGCAUCUCCCAAAAGUCAGGUCUGCAACAGGAUACACCGGCCCCGCCAUCGUUGACACACAGAAGCCUGUUGGUGGCAGACUUGAAGAAACGGGAUAUUGUGGAUGUGGCUAUCAGCGAUAUGAGGCUGAGGAAGUAUGACCACGGCAUGGCUCAGCCUGCCGUCUUUGUCAUUCGACAGGAUGGAACCGUUCUGUAUCGAUGGGCGAUUGUGCCUAGCCUGAUGAACUUGGGCGGAGCAAAGGACAGGCCGCUUCUCGAGGAGAUCUGGCAUAACGUGGAUGCAAGCCUUCAUGGGAAGGAAGCAGUACACACGACAUAUUCGACCGCCGGGGUGGCGGCAGUGAUUCGGGAGAAGCUCCGGUCACGCUAA